AUGAGCAAACGAGCCUCGCGAUCCAAGAACCGCGGCUCGCUACCACACAAGAGCUCCCACGACUCGCUGCGCCCGGAAAACGGACAUGCGACUGGCCCCGCCAUGAACGGCCUCGUCUUGGAACACCGGCGCAAGCACGCCUCGAUCGACAGCACCUCGCCCUCGAGCCAGGCCGCGUCGCUGAUGGGCAGAUCGUCCUUUUCCUUGGACGAUGAAGUGCCGCAGCUGGGGGACAAGGACGAGGGCCCGUCGCAGGGCUUCUUUGACCUGUCCAAGAAGGACCAGAGCAACUUCCUCCUCCUCGUGCUGCUCUACUUCCUCCAGGGCAUUCCCAUGGGCCUGGCGCAUGGCUCGGUGCCCUUUAUCCUGAAGAACAAAGUCUCGUACUCGGCCAUUGGCAUCUUUUCUCUGGCCGCCUAUCCCUAUUCGCUGAAGCUGCUCUGGAGCCCCAUCGUAGACGCCAUGUGGUCGCCCUCGAUCGGCCGCCGCAAGAGUUGGAUUCUCCCUAUCCAGACCAUUUCCGGCUUCUCCAUGAUAUGGCUGGGGAGGCACAUCAAUAAGAUGAUGACAGACGCCGGCGAGACAGAGAGCGGUGUUUGGAAUUUCACAUGGUGGUGGUUCGCGCUUGUGUUCCUGUGUGCUACUCAGGACAUUGCUGUUGAUGGCUGGGCCCUUACCCUGCUCUCCAAAAACAACCUCGCAUACGCCUCCACCGCGCAGACUGUCGGCCUUACAGCCGGCCAGUUCCUCUCCUACACUGUCUUCCUUGCCUUCAACAGCAAGGACUUUGCAAACAAAUGGUUUCGUCCAGCCUCCGCGCCUGCCGAGACUGGACUUAUGGAACUCGACGGCUACCUCGCCUUCUGGGGCUGGACAUACCUCAUUGUAACCUUCGGUCUGGCGUUCAUGAAGCGUGAGGACCGCGACAAGAACACAGACGGCAUCUCCGAGGUUUACAAGACCAUGUGGGGAAUUCUGAAGUUGAAGAACAUCCAGAGCUUCAUCAUCAUCCACUUGAUUGCCAAGAUUGGCUUCCAGGCCAACGACGCGGUUACCAGCCUGAAGCUCCUGGACAAAGGCCUCAAGCAGGAAGAGCUCUCCCUCGUGAUCUUGAUCGAUUUCCCAGUUGAGGUUUUCCUCGGGUACUACAUCGGAAAAUGGUGCCAGACAUAUCCUCCAAUGCAUAUCUGGUGUUGGUCUUUCAUGGGCCGACUGGUUGCAGCAGGAUUUGCGCAAUUCGUUGUCUCCAUUUUCCCUGCAGGUGGAGCGACAACCGGCACUCUGCUGCUGGUGAUUGCCGAGCAUGUGCUGAGCACAUUCAUGAACACGGUCAUGUUUGUCUCGGUCAGCGCAUUCCACGCAAAAAUCAGUGAUCCCGUCAUUGGAGGGACGUACAUGACGCUUUUGGCUACCGUGUCAAAUUUGGGCGGUACAUUCCCCCGUUUCUUCGUCCUCAAGGCUGUCGAUAUGUUCACCCAGGCCACCUGCCAGCCUCCUGCUAUCCCACCCAAAGCCGGCCUUCUCAAGGGCGACCUCAUCACAAAGCCUUUCUCAUGCGCCCUGGAGGCGGAGAAGCACCGCUGCCUGAAUGGUGGGGGAGCUUGCAAGAUCACGACGGACGGCUACUACAUAGUCAAUAUUCUCUGUAUCAUCAUCGGUGUGGUGACCUUCUGGCUCUACAUCAAGCCCGCUGUUAUGCGGAUACAAGCCCUCCCGUUGCGGGCGUGGCGAUUAGCAGGCUAG